AUGGAUGGGCCAAAACUCUGUGCUGCCAACGUGCUCGAACCUUUCACCCUCCCCCCAACAAACGCCAGUAUUGAAGAUUCACAAUUCUUGAACCUUCAAAAGAACGGACACAUGCCGCCAAGUCGGAGGACACAAGUCGACAGCAGUGGUCCAUCGCACCCCUAUCGUGGAGAGCGCGGAAAUGGGGUUAGAGAUACCAAUGCUCGCCCAGACGCAUCUCAAUGUAAUGAUGGCCUGCAGGACAAAGGCAACGUACGAGUUUUGCCAUCAAAUCUUGAACAAAUUUCACGCAACUCAUAUCAGGGGAGUAGUGGAGCUGGCAAUAACACCGACUCAUUCGGCAACAUUUUCAAGAGUAAAGUUGAUCAUUGUUCGGAGAGUGAGAUCAUUGCGGAUUGCAAGGCCUUAAACAACAGAAUAAAGAAUACAGUUCUAAACGUUGCUGAACAUUGGACGAAGGUGUCGUUCCGCAAGCCCCGCAGCUCCGACAAAGAGUUAAGAGCUCGAGACCGCGAUUUCUUGCGAUCCAUUCUGGGAGAAACACUCUACAAUUCUAUCAAGAGGCAUGGGCAGUCGCGUUCCACACUAACGGAAAUCGAGGGAGAUAUUACCGAUGCACUCCAAACACUCGCUGCUUAUAUUUCAAACUAUAUCAUCUCGGACACAUUCUGCCCUGCUUUGUCAAAUCACUGCGACACUAAAAAUAAAGAUAUAUUCAUAAGCAUGAUCUUUCACGGUAUGUCUUACUGGUUUCUGCACUCUAUCGUCCGGAUUUUACAGCCUCAUCAUCCUAUUCCUAAAGAACCGCAAGUUACUGCACUUCGUUGGCGAGCUCUGACUUAUUCGCAUGCCACAAGGAGCACGCCAAACAGAUCGGCGCCUGCAAUCAACGCGUUCCUUUCCUCGUUUCAGUCUCGCAUGGCAUAUGAUUUCAAACUUAUAUUCCUUCUUGCUGGCGAAAGUGCAUCAUCCCCAUUCCUGUCCGAAGUGCCGCAGAUUCUUUUCAAGUGCGGGGUCAUCGAAUCAGCAGUCGAACUCGCUGAGAAACUUAAGACAAGUAUCUUCUCAACUUACAUCGACACGUACUGGGUAAAACCAAAGCUCGUCUUCGACGAAAGUCUGAUGGAUGAAGACGGGCGUAUUGGAAAAUCGGAUUCAUCCCACCAGACUCUGGUAGCGUGUACCAUGGAAUUGGGCAUCCGAGAAAUUGUUACCGAUAAUACCGCGACACAAAGCCGAAAAGGACGGAUCCUGUUAAAACCGAAGGUACUAGUCGAAGUAAGUGACUCAUUACUCAUCUACUCACUGUUAUAA